UCAAUCCAUUCUCUGAACAAUCAACGAAAUCCAACGAAACUCAGCAAUGGUGAAGGCAACGAAGCUCUCAGUUUCUUUCACGAAGCUAAUGCUUGUACUCAACUUCCUGUGACGACAUUGGUAGAGAAACGAAGCUCUCUUCUUCUCCAACACCGCACCGCUCUCUCACUCUCAUUUUUUUGAAACUGAGAGGACAUUAGUAAGGAAGAAUUAGGGGUUUUAUACUUUGAGCGACAUUGGUAGCUGAAGAAUUAGGGUUUUAUAUUUUGUUGAUUUUGUUGUGCUAUAUUUCAGGUUGAUUUUGUUGAUUUUGAAAGUGUAGACUCAGAAUGGAUAGUUGGUUUUGUUGUGCUAUAUUUCAGGUUGAUUUUGUUGAUUUCAGGUUGAUUUUGUUGUGCUAUAUUUCAAGUUGAUUUUGUUGAUUUCAGGUUGAUUUUGUUGUGCUAUAUUAUGCAUCAAAGAUGGGAUAGGCUAUCGCAUCAUCAUCUUCAUAUGUCCUCAAGGUCUUUAUAUAAGUUUGAAAGAGAAGCUACACCUUUAAUGGCAGGGAUAGCUGUGGCUGCUGCAGCAUAUGCCGGUAAAGCUGGUAUUCAGGCUUGGCAAGCAUUCAAAGCUAGACGACCAGCAUUGCGUAAAUUUUAUGAAGGCGGUUUUCAGCCUACUAUGACUAGGAGGGAAGCAGCUCUCAUACUUGGUGUUAGGUACUUUCAUUUUUGUUUUCUAAGAUUUGAAGGCAUUGAUUGUAUGAAGGUCAUCGAAACAAUAAUUUCAAGAAAAAACUGGCAAGAUAUUAUUAGUUUUGUUUAA